GUGGAUUUCUACGUAACCUUACACAUCAAUAGAAAAUCGGGAGAAAAGAUCAGGCUCAUAGAAUCAUGUACCAUCGGGACUAUGCACCUGCUCAAACAAGACACCUAGCAAUGGCAAACAUUGGUACUAGUGGGCUGAAUCCUGAAGACACAGGCUUACCGAAUGUUGCAGGUGAUCCUAGGGGUGAGAGACUAGCAGUGACGGCGGCUGAUGCAAUUGGAAUGGGGUUGAUACCUAAUAUGCAAUAA